AUGAAUCUGAAAUUGAGAUAUAAAAGACGCAUUCGGAGUCUAGAAACUCUGGCGGGAAUUUUGACUAGGUUGACAGCAUUUAGUUUAGUUCUUGCGAAUUCAGAUGUUACAACUGCCGGCCAGGAAGGAAACACACUGGAUUUCAACAUUAUCGGGAAUCCAAAUUUAAAUUCAGAUCAGAAUACUUACUCAACACUGGAGAAAGGAGACGCUUUGCUCGCUGAGUCACCUUCUUUGUCUCUACCUUCAAAAGGGUCGGAACUAGAUGCAUCAUUGCUGGCGGUCACGGACUCGGCUCCACAGUCAACGUCUACCAUUCAUAUCUCAACUCAGAUCAGAAGUUUGGAUACGCAACAGGACUCCAUAGCAAAUUUCUCUGUUCCCUCAAAAUUGUCCGACAUCAGCUAUAGUCAAUCUUCAACAGUAUCGGUCUCCCCAGCUAUUACACCAUCCUCCUCUGCAACCAGCAGUACCGAUGAAUCUACGACGCGUCGAACUGAACAGUUAAUGGAUGAAGAAAUCGAUCAAUUUCUAUCAUUUGAAGAAUGGAGAAAAUUAAAUCUUGAAAAAUCUGGGCAAUCCGAGAAGGAUCUAAUUCCUCGGCAGCAACAGCAAAACGAUCUACACCAAAAUAUGAAGCGCCCAGCACAAUAUGAUGGCAACUUCAUUGGGGACGAAUUGGAAAUAGAAAUGGAUCUAUUUAAAAGAUCAUCUGAUGGCAAAGAGUCUAAUGAUCCUAAAUCAGAAGGAAAGCUGUAUAAAACACGGUUUAAUUACGCAUCGUUUGACUGCGCUGCCACCAUAGUGAAGUCAAACUCGCAUGCAAAGGGUGUUAGCAACAUCCUUAGCGAAAACAAAGACUCAUACCUCAUAAAUAAGUGUUCAGAAUCGAACAAAUUUUUCAUUAUUGAGCUCUGUCAAGAUAUACUUGUUGAUCAAGUGUCUAUGGCUAACUAUGAAUUCUUCUCAUCUAUGUUUCGAAGAAUACGAAUAUCAGUUGCAGACCGGUUUCCGGCUCCAGAGUCGUCUUGGAAAGUUCUCGGUGAAUUUGAAGCGCAAAGUGUGAGAGAUAUCCAGUCUUUUGACAUCACCAACCCAUUAAUUUGGGCUCGAUACCUUCGAGUCGAGGUGUUAUCACACUGGGGACAUGAAUAUUAUUGCCCUGUAUCGCUUGUUAGAGUUCACGGAACCACGAUGAUGGACGAAUAUAAGAACCAAGACGGAGCAGAGAGAGACAAGAAGGCCGAUGAUGAUAGAGCAACACCGGUGGUAGAUAAUAAAAGUAAUGCUGUAUCGUUUCCAGAAUCCUUACACUCGACUCUGAACCGAUAUUCUUCGCCAAUUCCAUCCUCCAUAGAUGAUAUUGUUUCCACCACUAGUGUUUUCGUAGCGAAGACUUUGGAGCCCAAUGCAUAUUCUAUUGAUUCGCUGUCACAAUUGUCGUCUCCUGAGCCCUCCGUGGGUUCCGAGCACAGGUCUGUUGAGGCUGUGGAUCCAGAUGAAUCUAAUAGUGGUAUCUGUGAACCGGGCUAUAAAAGCAUCGAGAACACAUAUGAUCAGCUUCGAGUCUUCUAUCCUGGCCAUUUAAUAUCACCUCUUGUGUUGAACGAAUCUUGUCAAUGGGAUGACUAUAUGAAUAACCAUAGUAUACAGUUACAAAAUGGGAAUGCGAGCAGUGAUUCCAUAAUUCAAGCAAGUGAGUCGGUUGUCCAACAUGAUGUCACCACGCCAAGCACUCCAAAAACACAAGAUUCUAUUUAUCAAACUAUCAUGAAGAGACUUUCGUUGUUAGAAUCAAAUACCACCCUAUCACUUCAGUAUGUGGAAAUGCAAAGUCAAAGUUUGAGAGAACUUCUGGUUAAAAUUGAGAAGAGGCAGAGUACUAGGAUUGAAAACUUUUUUGAAGAAUUUAAUCGAACUGUUACGGAACAAAUAAGGUCCUUUCAAUUUCAAUACAGUCGCCUUUUGCUAUCAACUGUGGACGAAAUGGAAGCCCAAAGACACCGUACAGAAGAGGAUGUCUUGUCUUUGAGCACAAGAUUGUCGCUGAUAGCUGAUGAACUGGUCUAUCAAAAGAAACUAAGCAUUGCACAAGCCGUGAUUUUGUUGGUUGUGCUGAUAUUUGUUAUUGCGACUAGAACUACUCCAAUCGAUUCCUCGCUGGCCAUGGCUGUGCACGGGAACCAAGCUGGUAUACGUGAUCUCUGGAAGCUAUCAAACAGCAUGAGAUCUCCGACGCGGGUUCUUUCACCAAAGCGCAACUUCGACCGGAGUCAUCAUCGGGUAGCUAGCACGAGCUCGGCCGAGUGGUACGAUGAAGUUUACAGCGAUCGUGACUAUGAGAACACUGAGAAUCUGACUCAACAUUUGGCAUCAAACAGCACAACUCCAAGGAAUAAACAUCGGCAGGUAAAUGAGUUUCCCUUUCCCACAUUUUCAAGUUCUCCUCGGCCUCGUAGUUUACAGGACAUGAACUUCAAUGAUUCAGAGACUGACAAUGACACACUAUCACCCAACUAA